AUGUUGAAAAACGCAGAACUAUGGGAGUUGGCACGAAAAAUUGAAUCCUUCGUCGGGUUUACUGAAGAUGUUCUGGCACACCCUACGUUUGUAGAUUUAUUCACACAAAUCAUUGAGUUGAGAGUGGACGCUGAGAAAGUUCAGGGAGAAAUUGGUGGAUAUCGACAAAAUGUUGAUAACCACAUCACUGAAAUCUUGGACUUUCGUGCUACAACUACACAAAAACUAGAGGGACUGCAGAAGGAAAAUGAGAACCUUCGUGCAGAACUCGUCGUUUUGUGUCGGGCUGUGGCUACGUUGAGUUCGACUCUUGUUGAAUCAUCUAAGGUUAAGAUUCCAGACCCUAAAGCCUUCAGUGGCGCAAGGAGUGCUAAAGAACUUGAAAACUUCAUAUGGGACAUGGAACAAUACUUUACCGCUGCAAGGGUGCCGGACGCUGAUAAGUUAAACAUUACCACAAUGUACUUGUCGGGUGAUACGAAACUUUGGUGGAGGACUCGUAAUGCAGAUGACGUAAGUGCUGGUCGUCCUAGAAUUGAUACAUGGGAUAAGCUUAUAAAAGAAGUGCGCGAUCAAUUUCUUCCUAGCAAUGCAUCUUGGCUUGCAAGGGAUAAAUUGAAAAGGUUAAGGCAGACGGGUUCAGUGAGGGAAUAUAUAAAAGAAUUUACCUCUAUGAUGUUAGUCAUACAAAAUAUGUCUGAUGAGGAUAAACUUCACAAUUUCAUUUCAGGCAUGCAAGGCUGGGCUAAAAACGAACUACGAAGGCAGAAUGUUAAAGAUCUGCCUGGGGCAAUUGCUGCUGCUGAUUCGUUGGCAGAUUUCCGGACGACUCGUCCUUCGACAGAUGUCCCUUCUACUUCGAAAAAUAAGAAAAAGAAUGAAAAGAAAGGGGAAUGGAGAAAGGAUAGUCGUAAAGAGAAUGCAAACGAUAAAGGAAAGGCACAAAUGAAGGAUGGGAAAGACAGACCCAAGAGUAAAGAUGGAAACUCUAAAGGCUGGGAAAAAGUGAAUGCUUUGCUUGCUGGUAAUGUGAAUCAAAGGGAGGAGGAUGAAGAAAUCUUGGCUGCAAUGGCAAACCCAUUGGGAUUGUCCUUCAAUCACAUUAUGGGGAUCAAAAAUGUUGGAGAGAUCUCUAGCACUUCAAAUCCUCAUGCUUCCUUAAUUCAUAUAGAAAUGAAAGUGAAGGAACAAUGUGUGAUGGCAAUGGUUGAUACAGGGGCCACACACACGUUUGUAGAUGUGAAGAUUGCUACAAAAUUGGUGCUGAAGUUGUCUAAAAGCCCUUCCUAUGUCAAGACAGUCAAUGCUAAGGCACAAGCCAUUGUGGGCAUGGCUUAUAGUGUGUCUAUGUCGACUGGAAAUUGGGUGGGAAAACAUAAUUUGAUGGUGAUGCCGCUUGGAGACUUUGAAAUUAUACUUGGGAUUGAUUUCCUAAGAAAAUACAAGUUUGUUCCGUUUCCUCACUUAGAUGGAGUGAUGGUAAUGAGUGGAAGUGAUGCUGGUUUUCUGAAGGGUGUUCAUCCGUUUGGAAACAUUAAUAAAGUUGCGAAGAAGAAAGACAAGGCAAUGUUGUUGUCUGCUAUGUCGAUCGACAAAGGGCUGAAGAAGGGUGAUGAAACCAUACUUGCUGCCUUGGUUGAAAUUAAACCUGAUGUGAAGAUGGAAGUGCCUGAUUGUGUCGCUGAAUUACUUAAACAGUAUGCUGAUGUUAUGCCACCUGAAUUACCAAAGAAAUUACCACCAAGGAGGGAUAUUGAUCAUAAGAUUGAGUUGCUGCUUGGUACGGUUGCCCCUGCACAAGCUCCUUAUCCUAUGGCUCCUAAAGAAUUGGUUGAACUACGCAAACAAUUGAAUGAGUUGCUAGAUGCUGGAUUGAUUCAUCCGUCUAAGGCUCCAUAUGAUGAUAUUGUUAUAUAUAGUAGAACGUUCGAAGAACAUGUUAAUCACCUAAGUCUGGUUCUGUCUCAAUUGAGAAAAUACACACUCUAUGUCAAGAUGGAAAAGUGUGAAUUUGCUCAACAAGAGAUAAAGUUCUUGGGGCAUCUUGUUAUUAAAAAUCAAGUUCGAAUGGAUCCUAAGAAAGUGCAGGCCAUUGUUGAUUGGCAGGCACCUCGUCAUGUGAACGAUUUGAGGUCGUUUCUUGGCUUGGCUAACUAUUAUCGAAAGUUUAUUGCUGGUUACUCAAAGAAGGCAGUGUCUUUGACAGAUCUGUUGAAGAAAGAUGCAAAAUGGGUUUGGUCCAAACAGUGUGAAGAAGCAUUUCAAAAUUUAAAGAAUGCUAUUGCAUCAGAACCUAUACUCAAAUUGCCUGAUUUUGAGUUACCGUUUGAAGUACACUCUGAUGCGUCAGACAAGCCGAUUGGUGGCGUAUUAGUGCAGGAAGGUCAUCUAGUAGCCUUCGAAAAUAGAAAGUUGAAUGAUGCUGAACAAAGAUACUCAACACAUGAGAAAGAAAUGGUUGUGGUGGUACACUGUUUGCAGAAAAAGUUGAGUCCUAAACAAGCACGGUGGCAAGAAUUCCUGGCAGAAUAUGAUUUCAUGUGGGAACAUAAACUAGGAAAACCCAACCAGGUUGCUGAUGCGCUGAGUAGGAAAGAAGUGUUUGUUGCAGUAUAUUCAAUUUCAAAACUGGAAACUGAUUUCUAUGAUAGAAUCAGAUUGUGUGCUGCAAAUGAUUCGUUAUAUGUUAAAUGGAUGGGUCAGGUGCAGGAGGGCACAAUGAGACGGUAUUGGAUCAAGGACGAUCUGCUCUAUUUUAAAGGGGGGAGAAUCGUUGUGCCAAAUCAGGGUGGGUUGCGCAAAGACUUGAUGAAAGAAGCGCAUGACUCCGCUUGGGCUGGACAUCCAGGCGUUGAAAGGAUGUUAGCCUUACUGUCUCGUGUGUAUUUUUGGCCGAAAAUGGAAGACGAUAUAGAGGCGUAUUUUAAGACUUUUCAUGUUUGUCAAGUUGACAAGACAGAACGUAAAAAGGAAGCAGGGUUGCUGCAACCUUUGCCUAUUCCUGAAAGGCCAUGGCUAUCGGUAAGCAUGGAUUUCAUUUCUGGAUUCCCUAAAGUAGAUGGCAAAGCAUUUAUCAUGGUGGUAGUUGACAGGUUUUCAAAAUAUUCUGUUUUUAUUGCUGCUCCUGAGUUAUGCUCAUCUGAACUUGCUGCUUAG